AUGAAGGUGAUAAACGUGAGGAAGAGAAAAAAAAUUACCAACAUGCAUUCCGUAAUACUGCUAGUGUUGUCCUUUUUUUUGUCUUUCGGAAGAGGAAUGGAUUAUUACAAAAGGCUGGGGAUUAAAAGGAAUGCCAGCAAGGAGGACAUCUCAAAGGCGUACAGGAAACUAGCCAAGGAGUAUCACCCUGAUGUGGCUCCAGAUAAAGAAAAAGACUUUAUAGAAAUAGCUAAUGCGUAUGAAACGCUGUCAGAUCCGGAGAAGAGAAAAAUGUAUGAUAUGUAUGGAGAGAACUACGCAGAAGGAGCAUCCCCAGGUGGAGAAGGAGGACCAGGUGGGUUUGGCAGUGGCUUCCACUUUGAUCAAGACGUUGUGAAUGAAAUAUUUAGACAAUUCGCAGGAGGAGGAAGAGGUGGAGGGGGUGGUCGUGCAGGUAACUUCCACUUUAAGUUUACCUCAGGUGGUGGUGGAGGAGGAGGAGGGUUCCCCAAUUUUGGGCACCACUUUGAGGAUGAAUAUGAGGACAUAUACAAAAAUGAGGUGUUAAAAAUUAACUCACAAAAUUACGACAGGGUAGUAAAUGACAUCACAUACUCCCUGGUCAUAAAUUUCUAUUCCCCAUCAUGUUCCCACUGUAAAUCUUUCAAAAAAAAGUUUUUAAAAUUUUCCAAAAAGUAUGAUGGGUAUUUAACCUUCUCUGUAGUUAACUGUCAAGAGGAAAAAAGCAUUUGCCGAAAAUACAACGUGAAGUCUCUUCCACAUAUCAUUUUAUUGAAAAAAAAUAAAACAUAUGAAACUUUUUAUGGAAACAGAACGGAGGAAAAUUUAAUCAGCUUUAUUCAGGAGAACAUACCAUAUGUGUAUACAGAUAUUACUAGCCAGAAAAAGUUGGACUCCUUUUUAGUGAAAAAUGUAGAAACGCCUAAAGUGAUUUUCUUCAUCUCAUACAAUGACGACGUAGUAAUGUUGAAGGCACUGUCUAUAGAGUUUGAAAAGAGAAUCGACAUAGGGGUCAUUCACAGUUCCAAUUAUAAAAUGAUGCAACUUUUCAGCAAAAGAAAUGUGAGGACUCCCUCCAUUUUGCUUGUCGAAGAUAUUGAUAGCCUUUCCGGGGACUUAACCUUUUUGAAAAACUUCGACUUUAAUAUUUUGUCCCUCAAGUUAAGUCACGUCGUGGCCCAGAAUAGGUUGAAAAAUAAUUUGUAUGGACAUGUGACUUCCUACCAGGAGUUAACUAAGAAGAAAUUUGAAUCGGGUCAGUGUCAGGAGAAGGAUUCGCAAAUUUGCUUCCUCAUUUUGAAGCUGUUAAAGAAGAGUUACCACAAAUUCGAUGAGGAUAUCAAAAAUGUGGCUGGCAAGUUUUCAAAAGAUCCCCUGAAGAUCAUGUAUGUGAAUGUGUUUGAUCAGCCGCAUAUUUUGGACUCCUUCGGGUUGGUCAAUGAGUGCAAGCAUGCCAACUGCCUCUUCCUCGUAGCCUUCAGGCCCAAGAGACAGAAGUUCCGCCUGCACGAUGGCGAGGUCAAUGUGCAAAGCGUGCACAAGUUCGUGGAGGACGUGGUCAGUGGCGGAAUCUCCAUCAACCAGGCCGUCAAGCGUGGGCUCCGCUUCGUCAGCGCGCCGCACUACACGGACGAGCUUUGA